AUGGCAGAUCCGGUUUUAUUGCAGUCAGAACCGGGAGAGUCCAGUAAUAGAAACGUGCAGCAAAACUGUCCGUCGUUGUUUUAUAAAGCCGCAGAAUUCAAAAAUGAGCGAGCUACAUAUGAACGGGUGGAAAAGUUCAUAUCAAGAAAUCACUUUACCGACUGUAAUUUGUACGGAAGAUUAUAUGACCAGUGCUUGCCUGUGACAGUAAAACAUUUAUUUUUUGGCGAAGAGAAGGUUCCUUUUUCCGUGGCUUUGGAGCAGUUGUCAUCGCAGGGUGACUUAGUCGUGCCAGGAUUUUCGUUUGGGCCCACUUGGACACAGCACUGGUUCCAAAUAGAUUUCAAAGUUCCGAAGAGUUGGGAAGGUAAAGAAGUUGUCCUGCGUUUUAAUGCAGAAUGUGAAGCACUGGUGUGGGAUGUCCAUGGUCGACCUCUAGUUGGUCUUUCUUCUGAUGUCGAACGUACAGACGUGAAAGUACCAUCAGAUUCUUCUGUGUCACAGUAUUACGUAGAAGCAGUAGCGUGCAGCAGAAAUGGUGACGGUGAGAAUGGGCUAAUAAAUCCCGUCAAGUUAGAUAAAACAUUCAAAUUACAAAUGGCGCAAAUUAGUGUGCGGAAUAAACUUGCGUACGAACUUUUUAUGGAUUUUGAAAUUUUGCUGCAAAUGGCCAACUUAUUAUCCAAGGAAAAUGGCCGGCGCUAUGAGGCCUUGUAUUUAGCUAACGACAUUAUAAACCACUUGGUCAUGGCAGAUUUCGCAGAUGACGUCUUGUUACAAAGCCACAGAAGAGCCAACACUUUUUUUUCUCAACCGAAUCCCAGAAGUCAGCUGACGUUGUAUGUUGUAGGAAACUGCCAUAUUGAUACCGCUUGGCUUUGGAGGUACCGAGAAACGAGGCAGAAGUGUGCGAGAAGUUGGGCGAGUGCUGUAAAUCUGAUGAAAGAGUACAGCGAAAUGACGUUUGCCGUGUCUCAAGCGCAGCAACUUCUGUGGACGAAAGAGGAUUAUCCUUUAUUAUUUGAAGAAAUGCAAGAUUUGUCUGGAGAAGGAAGGCUAUCAGGGGUUGGGGGCGCUUGGGUCGAAUUUGACGGUAAUUUACCAAACGGAGAGAGCAUGAUACGACAGUUACUUUAUGGUCAGCAAGAAUUUUACAACCUAUUUGGAAAGUACUCACGGAUCUUUUGGCUGCCGGACACUUUUGGUUACACGGCGCAACUUCCCCAGAUAAUGAAGCAUUGCGGCAUGGAUUAUUUUUUGACUCAGAAAAUGAGCUGGUCAUUAGUAAACAAAUUUCCUCACCACUCAUUCCUCUGGUAUGGUCUAGAUGGCUCUAAAGUUCUUGCGCAUUUUCCCCCUCAUCACUACGUUGCACAAGUGACAGUAAAAGAGUGCCUUGAAUCUGCAUGUAACUUUACUGACCGUGGCAGAUCAGGCGUAGCUUUAAUGUUAUAUGGACAUGGUGAUGGAGGAGGAGGCCCUGAUCAGAAUAUGCUUGAAAGGAUUAAAAGACUGGUAGAUUGUGACGGUGUACCUCGUGUUAUUCAUGGGACGCCGGAAGAUUUCUUUACAAGAGGAGAAUUGUACUUGGAAUUACACAAUGGUACUUAUACCACCCAGGCCACAAUAAAAAAAAUGAACAGGCUGCUUGAAAGCAUACUUCAUGAUCAAGAGUUUUUACAAUCCCUACAACUGCUAGAAUGUGGUAAAGGACGGGCAUUGAGUAAAGAGUGGAAAAGGUUGCUGUUAAACCAGUUCCAUGACGUGCUGCCUGGGACAUGUAUCCAUGAAGUUGUGCGGGACUCAUUAAAAAUUUACACGGAACUUGUAGAAAGUCUUACAGAAGAUGCUGGAAACGUGUUGAAAUUCAAUGGCGAUGACCAGAAAAAAUGGGUUGUCAAUAGCCUGAAUUGGGAAAGAACCUUUUUUUACAACAGGACUUUGUUGAAAGUACCGCCCUUGUCAGUUUGGCCGCUGGAAGAUUUGGAAAUGUUAGACAUUCAGCUGGAAGGACAAUCGUUAAUAAGAGCAAGUGAAGAUUUUUACAUCUUCAGUAAUGCUUUUUUUACUGCAAAGUUGAAUAAGGCAGCACAAAUCCUGAGCUACGUCGUCAAAAACUUUGCUUACGAUGGCGAAUUAGGGAAUUUUGAAGCAGUAUCAGAAAACAGUCCGUCUAAUUCCUUCGUUAUUUUCGAUGACGUUCCCCUGUUUUGGGAUGCAUGGGACGUAAUGGAUUAUCACCUUGAAACCAAAUUGGAAGUCAAGGAGGUGAUUUCGAGUGAUGUGGCUGAGAACUCUGCCAUUUUCGGGCAGCUAAGUGUGGAAAUAAAAGUAAGCAGUGGAAGCAGUAUCAAACAGAAAGUAAUCGUUCGCGCUGACCUCCCGUAUUUAUUAUUUGAUGUAGAAGUUAACUGGCAUGAAUCCCACAAAUUUUUGAAGGUAGAAUUUCCUGUAAAUAUUAACUCGUCAAAUGCUGUAUAUGAUAUUCAUUAUGGCCAUGUUUCUCGUCCUACUCAUAGGAACACAACUUGGGAUUCUGCAAAGUUUGAAGUUUGUGGGCACAAAUGGAUGGCACUUUCGGAGUAUAGCCGAGGCGUUGCUGUCUUAAAUGAUUCCAAAUAUGGCCAUGCUUGUGACGACAAUGUGAUGCGAUUGUCACUUCUAAGAGCCAGCAAGUGCCCAGAUAGCACAGCAGAUAUUGGAUACCACAAGUUUACGUAUGCAUUCUUCCCGUUUUUGGGCACCCUUCAAGAGUCUCUUAGUGGGUUCAGAACAAAUGUUGUUAAAGCAGCUCAUGAGCUCAAUUCUCCAAUUCGACUUGUUAAUUCAUGGCCCUGCUCAAAAAUUGCGGAUAUUUUCACUGUCAUUGGGAGCGAAGGAGUAAUUCUUGACACCGUAAAACCUUCUGAACAGGAUUCUAACGCAUUAGUGCUGCGGCUGUUUGAAAGUUUUGGUGGAGGAUGCCAAGCAAGGCUUUUAUUAAAGCAUGGACGAGUUAUAUCUGUGGAUUUGGCUGACGGUCUUGAAAGAACUGUUCAGAACCUCGUAAUUGAUCCGCCGAUUUGUCACCUGACCAGUAAUUUUGACUCUGUACUUUUGCACUUCCGAGCGUUCGAAGUAAAAACAUUAAUUGUUCGCCUGUUUGAAAUAUAG